UAAAAAUCUCAACUCAACUCAAGUGCAUCCUCUCUUCUCCUUUCCCUCCACUCUGACAGACCUCCUAUUGUCAUAAAUAUAAGGUCAGGCCUAUGGGCCUAGUAAACGUCUCCUAGGCUACACACAUUACAAUGGAGAUCUUUGUCGCUAUAUAGAGCCAAAACCGUGUUAUGCAACCUGUCGGGGUAAGCACUGCUGCGAGUGAGCGACAGACAUGGGCGGAGGGUUGCUCAAAGUUCCGCCUCUAGUUUACCAGACGGUUAAAUGUUUUUAUCUUUCUUCCUAUUCUGUAGUUACAGAAUCUGUCCGUGUCACUUCACCGCUGUGAAAAUUCCUCAACAUGUCUGAUUUACAUUUAACUUUCGAUAUAUCAGAUGACGUGGUCAGGAAGAAGGAAUAGGCUAUGUGUUUACAGACCAUCAGAUGACUGUAUUUCACUAUUUGUACAGGUGUGUUACCUGUAGCGCCCUCGAGAAAUGUGCAGUGUUUAACGUCCUCCCUCGAUAUUCCACUUCUUCCGGCACAAUUAUAUGCUAAUGAGGUGUAGCCUAUCCAGCAGAAGGGAAUAUUGGUGAUUAAAAACAUCCCUGACAAUUUCUCAUGUUGUCGCGCUUGUUUAUUCUAAGUUUGGAAAUGUGCCAGCCUACAUUUAAAGCUGCUUGCUGUCACUCAAGUAGCCUAGUGCUCUCAGUUCAGUGACAAUAGUCCAUGGAGUCCACCUAAACAGGAGCACAGGGAGUCCAGAUCCUAAAGAAGCGACUCUUAUUUCAAUUUCAGUGGUUGCUUGCGCACGGCUUUCACCACUAGAGCGGGGGCAUUGACGCAUUUUGGAGUCGACGGGUAACACUGCCAACCCGGCUGCGCUACAGACGCAUCCAUGAGCGAAACCGCGAUGGCCGUGGUGCAGCUCGAGACGGAGGACCAUCAACCGGAGAACGGCUUCGUGUCCCCCGAAACAGAGUCGCCGGGAUUGCUCACACGCAUCGACGAUUGUGUCUUGCCUUUUCUUGGGGGAUUUGGGAAGUAUCAGCGACAGCUAAUCGUGCUGACGUGGAUUCCGGCGUUAUUUAUUGGAUUCAGCCAGUACUCUGAUGAAUUCCUUCUUGCCCAACCGAACAAUACAUGUGUUCCUCCAACUGCAAAUACGACUAAUUUUACUAUAAUUCCUUCCUCUUUAUUUCAUGGUCCAAAUAAUAGUUUCCCACGAACAGCGGCGUACGUUUAUUACAAUGGCACCCACAAUAAUACAGCCAGGCAUCUGCAACAUUGUAUGUGCAAGGAGUGGACGUUUGAGCUGCAUACGGGACUAAUGCAGAAUGUGGUUACUAAGUGGAGCCUGGUGUGUGACUCGGCGUGGAAGGUCCACAUCGCUAAGUUCUCUCUGCUGGUGGGAUCCAUAUUCGGAUACCUGGUCUUUGGGGUCCUGGCAGACUGGUUUGGUCGCCACCCGGUCCUAAUAAUCUCGGUCCUGUUCAUGCUGGUGUUCGGUCUGACCGUGGCCUUCUCAGUCAACGUUCCCAUGUUCAGCACCCUGCGCUUCUUCGAGGGCUUCUGCUUGGCAGGCAUCGCCCUCUCCCUCUACAUCCUCAGGAUUGAGCUGUGCCUACCAGCCUGGCGUUUCUCCAUGACCAUGGUUGCCAGCUUCGUGGUGCUGGGCGGGCAGCUCCUGAUGCCAGGGAUGGCAUACGUCUGUCGAGACUGGCAGGUUCUGCAGGCUGUCAUCAUCUGCCCGCUUCUCCUCAUGCUGGCUUAUAUCUGGAUCUUUCCCGAGUCUCUGCGGUGGCUGCUGGCCACUCAACAGUAUGGCCGCUCCAAGUGGAUCAUGGGACACAUCAUCAAGAAGAACCAGGUCAACCCCGAGCUGGACACUGACCACAUCCUUACAGAGCUGCAGAACGCUCUUCACAAGAAACCCAAAAAGACAUGUAUCGUAAAGAUGGUGGGGACAAGGAACCUGUGGAAAAACAUUGUGGUCCUCUGUGUGAACUCACUGACUGGCUAUGGCAUCCACCACUGCUUUGCCCGCAGUAUGAUGGACCACCACGAGACCCACGAGUCCACCAUGUUCCACAACUUCUACGCUGACUACUACACCAUGGCGGGCAUCGCCGUGGCUUCAUGCAUGGCACUGUGCCCGGCGGUGGGCCUAAUGGGGAGGAGGGGAGGCCUGCUCAUGUUCAUGAUCAUCACUGCGCUGGCAUCAUUGCUGCAGCUUGGCCUGCUCAACUUGCUGGGGAAAUACAGUGUCCAUCUGAAUAUAGAGAGCUCGGAUACACUUAAUAAGAACUUCUCCAUCGCCUUUUCCAUCAUCGGCAUGUUCUCCUCCCACGCUGUCAGCAACCUGAGCAUAUUCUUCUGCGCUGAGAUCACCCCCACCGUCAUCAGGGGUGGUGGUUUGGGCCUGGUACUAGCCAGCGCUGGCUUCGGCAUGCUGACCGCCCCCAUCAUGGAGCUGCACAAUCAGAAGGGCUACUUCCUCCACCACAUCAUCUUCGCCUGCUGCACCCUCAUCUGCAUCAUCUGCAUUCUCCUCCUCCCCGAGACGCGCUACCAGCCCCUGCCUGAGACCCUGGCUGAUGGGGAGUGUUACACCCGCCAACCCCUGAUGCCCCCCAAGAAGCCUGGCGAACAGCGCCUCCUCCUGGCCCAGUCGGAGAGCAGCAGGGACUACACCCGGGUCCACGACACACCACUGCACGAGGCGGCCGCCACCACCGUCUUCACCAUGGACUCCACGGCAUCCUCCGCUGUUGACCUCACGGCACCGUCGUUUAUAGUUAUUUUGCCGCCCCCCGCUACAGAGUUGACGUCAUUCCAGCCUGAGCCUGAUCCUGAUACUGUGCCCCUGGUUAAGAAAGACCUCAAUGGGAAAUCCGUUACGCCCCCAUCUGGUACUCCCAUGGCGGCCCUAGAUAAGGCAGACGUUGUACUGCCUAGUAAAGAGCACCUGUUAUCUUCCACACCUAGAAAUAGUGCCCUCACUCCCUCCAAUUCCCUUCUGAAGUCUGAAGAUUCUACUGAUAUACCCCUAAUUGAGAUUCUACUGAUAUACCCCUCAGCCCCCUCCCCUACUAAGGACGUUACCACUGCCACUGAUACAGAAGACCUCCCUACCUCCAUCUUGGUCAACACCAUUCCCCCUGUUAUUGAAACCCAUCCUAUCUCUUCAUUGGACUCAACCACUCCACCAGUACUUGAUUCAUCCUCUACCUCCACAUUGGACUCUACCCCUCCCCCUGUCAUAAAAAGCACCCCUACAUUGGACUCUACCAUUCCCCCUGUCAUAGAAACUCCUUGUACCUUGGGCUCUACCACUCACCCUGUAAUUGUCCCUAUCCCCCCUUCUCCAACACCCUCCCCUACUGUCAUCAAUGACAUUGUUCCCCUUCCCCCCAUGGUCGACUGUACCACUCCUAUUGAUUCUACUGACCCCAUCACCACAGAUUCGAUCAUUCCCAUUCUAAUAGACUCUGUAGAUGACAAUAUCCCCCCUCCUCCUACCCAUAAUUCAGACUGUACCAUUCCCCCUGUCACAGACUCUGUCCAUACUCCAGAGUUGGACUCUUCAUGUGUUAAGGAUGUUGUUGUCUCUCCCUCUUCCCCUGUCGUAGCUCAUUCCCCUGUUCAUUACCCCACCCCCCUAUCACCACCACUGCCACCCAUUGACUCAGUUCAUAUCCCAACAACAGUGGACUCUUCCACUCCCCCUGUCAUAGACACUGUUCACCCCCUCACUGUGGACUCUACCACUCUCCCCAUCACAGACAUUGUUCAACCCCUUACAUUGGACUCUACAACUCUGCUUUUCAUAGACUCACUUCUCCCCAACAUAACAGACUCUGAGACCACAGAGGCGGCCCCUGCUUCCACAAUAAUGGACUGCACCAUCUCCUCCCCAAUAGACUCAGGUAUCCUCCCCGUAAUGGAUUGUGCCAUCUCAGAAAACAGCGCUGUCAAUGGGGUGGUGUCUUCAUGAUCCAAGGCUCCACCUGUGGAACAAGGAGGUGGGCCCCUCCCUCAUGGAGGAAGAAGCCCUAGACACCCAUGUCACAUGACGGGGGUCACUAACUGGUCUGUCAGGCCUCAGACAUUUCAGCUGCUCUGUCGGGAGACUGCAAGUGACAAACAGGAGGGUAACAGCUUGAGCUUGGGCCAAGUUUUUUUGUGUCAUACAUCUUACUGGGAACAGCCAGAGAACAGGACAGGGUUGUGGUGACAGUGAUGAGUGGUUAGGGACAGUUCAAAAUUUACUGGGAGGGUAAUGCGUUUUUUCCCCUAGGUUUACAUUCACCCUAUUUGCAGGUUUUACUAUAUGAUUUAUUCCAUCAUCUGCUUGCAUGCACCUCCCCUAUAUCAAGAUGUUUUGGAGGUUCCAUUAUGCACUGCACUUCUCCACAUACUAACUAUACCACAGGCUAAUAUAGUCUACCAGUCUAACUGUCUAUCCUGCCCUCUAUCCACCUUUCAUAGUGACAAUAGUGGUAGGUGGAUAGUUUGUCCAGAUCUGCAAUAACUAGCGAUCAUACCACACAUAAUAUCAUUCAAAGCUGCACCAAUAUAAGUGUAGAGACCAGGUGCAUCAUUGCGCAUGAAAGAACAGUGAAGACAUGAGAUAUGCUGCUCAAAAAUCUCCCCUAUACUGUAAAUCUUGUUUUAGGGACUGUACAAUUAUUCUACCUAGACUAGCCUAGAACACAUUAUUGCUUUCAAGUCAGUACAUUUUACUCUAGGCUGUGAACUGCAGUGAAAAUGUCAUUUGAAUAAUAUUUCAUUCCAUUCAUUCCAUUUGGCUCAAUUGUUGGUCUGCUCUAGAACAAGGGUCUCCAACAGGUCCAGUAGAUCGCAUCCCACCUAUGAGUAGCUCGCAGCCCACCUAUGAGUAGCUCGCAACCCACCUAUGAGUACCUCUCAGCCCACCUAUGAGUAGCUCGCAACCCACCUAUGAGUAGCUCGCAGCCCACCUAUGAGUAGCUCGCAGCUCACUUAUGAGUAGCUCGCAACCCACCUAUGAGUAGCUCGCAGCCCACCUAUGAGUAGCUCGCAACCCACCUAUGAGUAGCUCGCAGCCCACCUAAGAGUAGCUCGCAGCCCACCUAUGAGUAGCUCGCAACCCACCUAUGAGUACCUCUCAGCCCACCUAUGAGUAGCUCGCAACCCACCUAUGAGUAGCUCGCAGCCCACCUAUGAGUAGCUCGCAGCUCACUUAUGAGUAGCUUGCAACCCACCUAUGAGUAGCUCGCAGCCCACCUAUGAGUAGCUCGCAGCUCACCUAUGAGUAGCUCGCAGCCCACCUAUGAGUAGCUCGCAACCCACCUAUGAGUAGCUCGCAGCCCACCUAUGAGUAGCUCGCAGCCCACCUAUGAGUAGCUCGCAACCCACCUAUGAGUACCUCUCAGCCCACCUAUGAGUAGCUCGCAACCCACCUAUGAGUAGCUCGCAGCCCACCUGUGAGUAGCUCGCAGCUCACUUAUGAGUAGCUCGCAACCCACCUAUGAGUAGCUCGCAGCCCACCUAUGAGUAGCUCGCAGCUCACCUAUGAGUAGCUCGCAGCCCACCUAUGAGUAGCUCGCAACCCACCUAUGAGUAGCUCGCAGCCCACCUAUGAGUAGCUUGCAGCCCACCUAUGAGUAGCUCGCAACCCACCUAUGAGUAGCUCGCCAAAUAAUUCUGAAAGUACAUGCAAUAUUCACAUGGCCCAGUGCAAACUGUCAUAAACAAAUCUCUCAAGUAUCAGACACCGCAGCUUCCCAGCUACUAUCUAAUAAAUGCAACGUUGGCAUUAUCCCACCCCUGGUUAGCCACUAAAGGCCUUAAAAGCCAAACGUAAAACAAUAUCUGCCAAUUAAUUUUCCAGCAAUAUUGCCCUGGUCUGUCUGUGUGAUGCACGCGUUUGUCUAUCACUUCAUGUGGAGCCAGUUGAUGUGAUAACUGUCUUGUGGGUUUCCCCAAAGCCUUCGCAAUCAAAUGUUGACUGCAAAGUCAUGAGUAAGUAUAUCAUUUGUGUCUAAACUGAACAAAAAUAUAAAUGCAACAUGCAACCAUUUCAAAGAUUUGACUGAGUUUACAGUUCAUAUAAGAAAAUCAGUCAAUUUAAACAAAUUGAUUAGGCCCUAAUCUAUGGAUUUCACAUGAAUGGGAAUACAUAUAUGCAUCUGUUGGUCACAGAUAAAAAAUAAAAAAAUAAUUAAAGUAGGGGCGUGUAUCAGAGAACUAGUCAUUAUCUGGUGUGACCACCAUUUACCUCACACAGCGCGACAUCUCCUUCACAUAGAGUUGAUCAGGCUGUUGAUUGUGGCCUGUGGAAUGUUGUCCCACUCCUCUUCAAUGAUUGUGCAAGGUUACUGGAUAUUGCCGGGAACUGUAACACGCUGUCGUACGCUUCAAUCCAGAGAAUCCCAAACAUGCUCAGUGAGUGACAUGUCUGGUGAGUAGCCAGGCCAUGGAAGAACUGGGACAGGAACUUCCAGGAAUUGUGCACAGAUCCUUGCGACACGGGCCAUGCAUUAUCAUGCUGAAACAUGAGGUGAUGGUGGCGGAUGAAUGGCACCACAAUGGGCCUCAGGAUCUCGUCACGGUAUCUCUGUGCAUUCAAAUUGCCAUUGAUAAAAUGCAAUUGUAUUUGUUAUCCGUAGCUUAUGCCUGCCCAUACCAUAACCCACCUCCACCAUGGGGCACUCAGUUGUAAGGCCUCUUGGACGUACAGCCAAAUUCUCUAAUAUGAUGUUGGAAGUGGCUUAUGGUAGAGAAAUUAACAUUCAAUUGUCUGGUAACAGGUCUGGUGGAAAUUCCUGCGGUCAGUAUGCCCAUUGCUCGUUCCCUCAAAACUUGAGACAUCUGUGGCAUUGUGUUGUGUGACAAAGCUGCACAUUUUAGAGUGGCCUUUUAUUAUCCCCAGCACAAGGUGCACCUGUGUAAUGAUCUUUCUGUUUAAUCAGCUCCUUGAUAUGCCACACCUGUCAGGUCGAUAGAUUAUCUUUGCAAAUGAGAAAUGCCCACUUACAGGGAAGUAAACAAAUUUGUGCAUAACAUUUUAGAGAAAUAAGCUUUUUUUGUAUGGAAAAUGUCUGGGAUCUUUUAUUUCAGCUCAUGAAACAUGGAAACAACAUGUUUUGCGUUCAUAAACUUCAUAAACUUUGCCAUGAAAUAAGUAGCAGCAGUACAGAACCAUCGCUAGACCGGCACAUUAGACGGCACAUUCCUCACUUGUGGAAUUAAAGGGCCAGAUGUGGAACUAAAGGGGAAUUACACUCAAAGAUCAAUUUAUUUGUUUUUUCCAGACCUAAAAAAAAUAUGUAUUCUGAUGUGAUUUUAAGCAUUGACAUGGACUCAGAACAUCCAAUUGUGUUGUUUCUUAAUGAACUAUUAUUGUAAUUUUGAGUUUUAAAUUGUUUUAAUCUAAACCCACAAUUUAUUUUUUUACUGAGAACUUAAUUUGGGAAAAUAUUCAAUUAAUUUUUUUAAAUUAAAAUUAUUUUACAAGGGCCCCCUUUUUAGAGUUGUUCAUUAACCAUUAUUUUUUUACCAGUUAUAUUCACAGAAAAAAAUUAUCUUGUACACUAAGGACCUGGCGAUGAAUUGCAGGGGAGAGGAGAAAAGGAAGAAUGUGCCUAUUUGAAAGCUUGAAAAAAUGUGUAACUCGAGACGCAUUACAUUUUUAAGCUUUUCAUGCUAGAAAAGGUUGGAGACCCCUGGUCUAGAAAUACACAGUAGCAGGCCAUUCUGGCAUUAUUUUAUGUUCUGAUACUGAGAUGCGCUGUCUGUUACGGAUCCUCAUUCUCCUAAGUUGUGCUAUAAUAAUGUGGCCACAUAUGCUCCCAACAGGCCCAGUUGUUCAGGAAAGUGUCAUGCGUGCUCUGCCUCCGAGCAGCUAUUCCUCGCGCACCUAGAACCUAACACUUCAAUAUAGCCUAAAUAUGUGUAAUUUAACUUUUGGAUGACCUUUUACGUGUGGCAUAAACACAACCAGUCACAAUAUUUGAAUUGGCUACUUCAAAAGACUCCUGUAGGCUACAUGCGUACAUUUGUCCAACAUUUUAUUCAGGCAUUCAAACUGUCCAGAUUGUGGUGUUGAAAACGCAAACCAUGAUGUUGAAGCAGCCGAAGUCCGUAUAAUUUGCUUAUUGGUUGUUGUCCAUUGGCACAGAGACCUGUUGGUGGAAAAUUUGUUGCAUAUAUUUUAUAUAAUUAUAAACCGGGUGGUUGGAGCCCUGAAUGCUGAUUGGCUGAAAGUCAUGGUAUAUCAGACUGUAUACCAUGGGUAUGACAAGAAAAAAUAUUUGUACUGUUCUAAUUACGCUGGUAACCAGUUUAUAAUAGCAAUAAGGCACCACAGGGUUUGUGGUAUAUGACCAAUAUAUCGUGGCUAAUGGCUGUAUUGAGGCAUUCCGCAUUGCGUUGUGCAUAAGAUUAGCCCUUAGCCGUGGUAUUUUGGCCAUAUACCACACCCCCUCGAGCAUUAUUGCUUAAAUAUGGCAUCAACAUUUAGAAAAUCUGAUUUCCACCUAGCUGAUCAUUGUCUGUAGCUUGCUCUGAUUGUGGUGUAGGUCUAAUGAAACAGGCCGGGAGCAUUAGCUCUGUCCAUGGUGGUCGGCGAACUCUCAACCUUCUGGCCCGUAGCCCUACGUUGCAUCGACUGUGCCACAAAAGCAGGAUGAAGUGGAAAAGUCACAUUUAUAGACACAGGGUCACUAUAGUUAUUGUUAUUUGUGGUCACAAACAUUAUUUAGAGUUAAUUCUAUGAGGGGGGACGGUGUGCAAUUAUUUUUUACAAUACAAGGGGAGUGUUGUGUGAAAAUAUCUUUUACUUUGAGGAUGGGGGGUGCCAUUUUUUUAGUACACCUCGAAAAUGUUGAACUGUCCCUUACUCAGCCACAGUCUGAAACUGUCAGUAAUUAUGAAGUCGUCAGCGUGUGACUUUGUUGUUGUUGGGAGAAUCCUGAAUGUCAUUUUAGACUGAGAGACUACCAGCCAAAACUCCAUUUAGAAUCCUUUAUCCCAAAGGUUAGUUGGAGAUUCCAUAAAUACCACAAAAAAAACAUUUGACUGUACAUUUGCCUCAACUGCAGACUUAGAUGUAUGUCCAAUGUGUUUGAUGAUGUACAUUUGCCUUAUCAUGUAGAAAAAAAUACUUCAAGAAUACAAAGCAGAAUUUUGAAUGUCAACAGUGCCAGAUUUCUCCUAAUUGUUCUUGUUGUCGCUGAAAUUAGUACUCAGAAACCAAUUGGAAUCUGUGUAGGGAAAAGAGCAAUUUGCCAAACAUGAAAAACCAAAAGUAAAUUUUGCUGCCCGAAUGAACUGCCAAUCGAAGGGCAAUAAAGACAAGUAUUGGAGGUAUUUUGAUGUAUUAGACAAUGAGUUAAAAUCACAAGUGAAACAUCUCAAGACUCCAGUCCUUGUAAUACAGGCAUGUGUGUAUGAAAGGUUAGAGAGAAGGAGAGAAUGACUUGAACUGAAGAGGCAUGCUCCAAAGUUAAAAAGACAAUAGACUGUUUAUGUCUGAAAUGACAGUAGAAAAGGAGAGCUUUACCGGUGAUGUGGUUUAAGUGAGUGGUCAGUUGGUCCUGUAGGGCUAUGUUGUGAUUAUUGACGGUGUGGUCCUGAAAGUGAAACAUUUAUUUUUAUUUUUUUUUACUAUUUCCCUGUUUCAUGGGACUGAAGCGUCAUCUUUUUAUUUUUCCACUCUUUUCAUAAAUGAAAUGAAUUGUACUGUAUGCAAUGGAUCUUGUAAACGUGAUAUUGUAGAUAAAAUUGCAUACUUAAUGUUGUUGUGCUACUGAUGUUGAGCUUGAUUGCAAAAAUAAGAACAAAGAUUUCCACUAUAAUCUCAAGGGGCGUGUCCUUAGUGUAUACAGCUAGCCGGCACUGUCACCAUUAUUUGUGUGAAUGUAAGUGGCACUUUAUCCUUUGCUAUGGGGACAGAGCAUGUAAACAAAAAUGUGAACUUUUCCACAAAACAAAGAAGUGAUGUUAAAAUGUUACCUAAAAAGGAACAAGAGCCAUCGCUCUGAAAUGGACACAUGAAUGACAAAAGUAUUUUGUCAAAUAUAUCUGUCAUUGCCACCAUCUUGUGUGUAUUGUGUAUGUGUCAUUUGCAUAUUUGUUGUAGUAAAAAUAUUUUUUGUGUAUUGCCUAGAAAAAUAUACUUGAAAAUAUUUUCAUUUCACCAAAGUAUGCAAAAAUUAUAUUUUUGUGAUAUUGACUAAAAUUCUGCUACAUUUUGAAAUGUAGGCUUACCCCUCUCUGUUUUUGUUGGAUUUGUAAUUCAAAAUAUUAACAAUCAUUAACAUUAAGUACUUAUUUCAUUGUAAUCAAUACAGACAUGAUAGAGAAAUGCUGUGAUCUCUUGACUGUAAAAAACAACAAACAUCUUUGAUUAUUUUUAUUAAAAUUGUGAUGAGGAGCUUUCUUCUUCUUUUUAAAACCCAAAUGGCUAGUGUCAACAUCAUGCUUUACCAACAUCUAUUAUUGACUGACUGUUGACAAUAGUACAUACCCGACAAACAAAAUGGUGGCUAUCAGUUCACUAAUAAGGCUACUACAUCCAAUUGUGCAGAGAUCUGUGUCAAUUGGCCACUGUUUACAAAUACAACAUCACUCAUUUAUUGUAAAGCUUCUUUUCAAAUCUCAUUGAUUGAUGUCAAAUGCCAUGGAGUCCACAUUCUUAUAUAGUGUGUUUAUUACUAUGUAUUUAACCAGGAAAAUACAAUGGCUUUGGAGGUGUCCAAAGUGUUGUGUAUGAUGCAAUAGCAGCCAAAAUGAUCACUCUACUGUACACUAAUCAUACAGUAGUCAUCACAACACAUACUGUCAUAUAUUUCUAUGGAUGUAAAAAAUAACUAUGAUAAUACUAAACGUGUAACAACAUACUUUAUGUUCAUUCUCUGGUUAUUUCCUGGUAAGUAAGCAUGCUGUUAAAGAAGAUAUUAUUUUCUUGUGAGAUUAAUUCCUAAUAUAACCCUGUUCACAAGACUCAAGCAUGAUGCAGAAAGGAUAUGUGAAACAAGUUAAACUUCAGUACACCCCUAUAUGGGCCUACUCACUUCUUUAAUCUCCAAUACACCCUAGGCCUCAAAGCACAAUGUAUCCUGGUGCACAAUGUAUCUUGCCAACUCAAGAGUAGUUAACUCAGGAGUAAAGUCUCCCCUAGUUACAGAUCUAGGACCAGCUUCCCCUCCCCUGAUCCUAAACUUAACCAUUGAUUGGGAAGCUGCUAAACUGACCCAAGAUCAGUGUCUAGGGGCAACUUCACCCCAGUCCGAUUAGCUUGUUUGGCUAGCAGUGAUGUGAGGAGGCUGUUGUUGUGAACAGUCUGUCUGAGCACUCUUAUCACUUCAAUAACAGACUCAACAUGUUGUAUAUGUACAAUACAAUACACUUACUUUACUGUACAUUCUGUCACUGUACUGUCUAUUCACACUGGAACAACAAAAUAGCUCAAUCUUACAGAUGUUAAAGAGGAUAUUGUCUGCAGCUGUACAGUAGUUCUCACCGCCCAUUUCCUGAAAUGCAACCUCACCAUCUCAUUGGUUCGCUGAGACACACAUGCACUGACACACACAGGAACAAAUGGUGUAACCUCACAUGUAAAAUUCGAUUUUUAAUUUGCAUUCUGGUCAUUUAGCAGAUUCUCUUAUCUUCAAAUGUCACAAUACAACACAUUGCAACCUUACAUUACAGUCUCAGAUGUCAUAUGUAAUAGCAAAGUCAGCACCAGGCGCUAGUGUAUGGUAAGAGUUGGGUGAUGGCUUGGAGAGUGGCUAUAGUUAAACAGAAAAAGUAGAUAGACCAUAGAAUACAUUCAGGUAAAGAUGAUUUUCUCUAGGUUCAUAGGUUGUUCAUAGGUUGUGCCAUCAUACAGUGGUUUGGAAAGGGUUUUCAACUGAUCAAAUCUUCACUCAUCCUACAUGCAACCAAACAUCUAUAUUGGUGAAAUGAAAAAGAACCCUAAUAUGGCACAGAGUUUCUGUUGGUGCAAGAUUUGAAAGAAAGAAUGUAAAAAUGACAGACUACUAGUUACAUUUUUAUUUGGGGAUUUUGAAUAAUGCACUUGUAUAUAAGCCACGUGACGUUGUAAUAAACUUCACUAUUUAUUGAUGAA